ACGAUUACGAUAUAUCACGAGUCGAAAAAAUAUCGCCAUAUCGACUCUGAUCUUGAAAGCCCCCUUCAUCAUCGAAGUUCACGGCCACCCACUGGUAACCAAGAAACGCCGACACUCGGAAGAAACGGCACCAAAUUCGUCGGAGUUCUCCAUGGAUGCAAUCGCCGGCGUAAAAUCCCUAAACGCCAUGACCCCUCUGCAUUUCCUGUCUCCAAAAGCCUCAAUUUCCCGCUCAAUCACUUUUCUCCGGCAGGUCAGUAGGCGGGAGCAGCUAAAUCCGUCUGCAACUGGCCGUCGUUUCUCUGCCGUUUGCUCUCUAUCUGAAGAAGGCGGGAAUAAUGGCUACUCGUUACCGCGGGGAGCAGGUGAAGCCGUGAGUGAAGUCUCGAGGAAAAAACUUCUUCAAGUGGUGCUAGUCUCUCCUCAGAUUCCAGGGAACACAGGUUGCAUUGCUAGAACAUGUGCAGCAUCAGGUGUUGGUCUACACCUAGUUGGGCCUUUAGGGUUCCAAAUCGAUGACACAAAGCUAAAGCGUGCUGGACUGGAUUACUGGCCAUACGUCCUUGUGAAAGUCCACAACUCUUGGGCAGAGUUUCGAGAGUAUUUCACCCGACAGGAAGGCGAGAAACGAUUGCUAGCGUUGACUAAAAGAGGGACAAAGAUUCACUCUGAAUGCUCGUACAGGAAAGGAGACUACCUAGUAUUUGGGGCCGAGACAUUUGGCCUGCCACCCGAAGCCCUAGAAGAUUGCAAGCACGAGGAGUUUGGAGGUGGAACCAUUCGUAUCCCAAUGGUUGAAACCUACGUAAGAUGUCUGAAUCUCUCUGUGAGCGUCGGCAUUGCAGUGUACGAGGCAUCUAGACAGUUGAACUACGAGCAGCUGCAGCAGCAGCAGCAGAUCCCCUCUGAACUGGUUGUCGAGAGAGAACAGUCAAUCAUGAGGGAGGACAUUUUUGCUUGAUCUUUUUGCUUUGGAGGUGGACUAGAAUGUUGUAAUCUUGUUCAAGUCAGUGUACCAGCAGGAUUAGACUGCUGCUCAAAUUUUGACUGUGAGAAGCCGAUUUGGGCUGGAAAAUGGCGUUUCUACUUGCUAUAUUGUCUGUAGAUUGAUGAAACCACUCAACCAAAGAUUGCAUAGUAUUUUUUGGAAUAUUUAGGGAUGAGUUGUUCAAGAACAUGCACAUAUAAUAAUGGAAUAAUAUUGGA